AUGGCACCUCUCGUCUUUUUCAUCACCGGCACCUCCACCGGCUUCGGCAACGAGUACGUCAAGAUCUGCCUGGCCAACGGCCAAAAGGUCGUCGCAACCGCGCGCAACUCGUCCAAACUCUCCUUCCCGGGCGCCGACUCAUCAAGCCUCCUCCUCGUCGACCUCGACGUGACCAAGAAGGACUCGAUCGACGCCGCCUUCCGCGCCGCCCUCGACAAGUUCGGCCGCGUCGACGUCGUGUGCAACAACGCCGGUUACGGCCUGUCGGGUGUUUUCGAGAGCCUGUCGGAGCAGCAGAUCCGCACCCAGAUGGAGGUCAACUUCUUCGGCCUGAUCGACGUGACCAGGCGCGCCAUGGAGAUCAUGCGCGACGAGCAGAAGCCCCAAGGCGGCCUCAUCCAGCAGGUCACCAGCAUCGGCGGUCAGAGGGGUGUGCCCCUGUUUUCGACGUACUGCGCCUCCAAGUGGGCCGUCGAGGGCUUCACCGAAGCCGUGUCCAAGGAGGUCAAGCCCGAGUGGGGCAUCAAGUUUACGUGCAUCGAGCCCGGUGGAUUCAGGACCGACUGGGCCGGCAGGAGCAUGGACUUUGGCGAGCCUCACCCGGCUUACGACCACCUCAAUGCCAAGGAGAUCAUGGGCAAGCGCCACGGCACCCAGGCCGGUGACCCGAAGAAGGGCGCCCAGGCCUUUUAUGACCUUGCUGUCAUGCCUGAUCCGCCCCUGCGCUGUGUCAUCGGCACUGACGCCUACGCCGGCAUCAAUGAGAAGCUGGACGCGUAUCGGGAGAGCGUGAAGAAGUACGAGAAGUUGAGCAAUAGCACCGACGUCGAUGGCUACAAGAAGCCAGAGUAA